AUGAGAAAAACAAUUGCUAAAUUUAUUGAAAAGCCAAUUUGGAGAGAGUUUCAGUCCAUCCACGGUCCUUAUGGAUAUUAUAGGGCUAAGUUAGAAAAUAAAGAGGGGAAAUUUGAAUGUUCCUUUGGCAAAAAGUUAUUGGAGAAUUAUUCUGGAGAAAAAAAAAUUUGUUUUUUAACAUGUCGUGAGGGUUCAUUUGGUCGAUUUAGAUGUCAAAAAAUAGAGUUUUUAAAUAAUGAUGAAGAGAUUACUUCUUGGGAAGAAGUUUCUGACAAGGAAAAGAUAAGUAAAAAAAUAGAGGGGGGGCGAGAGAGAAAAAAAUUCAUAGAAGAAAACACCGAAACAUCAGCUAUUCUUCAAAAAGAGAGGGAGGAUGAUUUUCCUGGGUUGAAUGACGAACAAAAAAAAAUUUGUCAUCUAGUCUUGGCUGGACAAAACGUUUGUUUUUUGGGGGAGGCGGGUACCGGCAAGAGUUUUUUGUUAAACCAUUUGAUCGGAUUAUUAAAAAAAGAGUGUAGCGAGGAACUGUUUAUUACUUCUUACACGGGUCGAACCGCUAUUAACAUUCAUGGGCAAACUUUACACUCUUUUGCUGGAAUUGGUGUAGUGGGAGAAGUUGAUUGA